AUGCAGCCCGUCACAGACGCAUUGAAUACUAUUAUCGCAAAUAUCCACUCCGGGGGAGACAGAGUUCCCAGGCCCGAGCCCAUUUGGAUACGUCAAGCGCGAAGGUCCCAGAGGCGGCUGGAUGGGUCCGGGCUGGUUGAACAAGCUAUUGACGCGAACAUGGCGCAGAUGCAGAUCGAUACGGACCCUGUACCAGGAGUGCAGCCGAUAUCUCGCGGGUACUCGCAGACGAUGAGCCUCCAGGACCUGCGCCAGUUCACGAGGUCGGUUCCUUAUGGGCUUCAACUUCCUCACGACUGGUGGAGCGACGACGAUUAUUCCGAUAGGGCUUUCAAGCGCUUCGAAGUUGUACCCACCCCUCUCGUCGAACCUUCGGCAUCUGAACAGCAACGGGCGGACGUCUGGCUACGUGACCGCAUUGCUCAGACAAUGCCACAACUGGAUGUAAAAAUCGCUCAGAAAUGUAUUCAGUAUCUCCCGCCAGCGUGGCUCCUCCGUGAGAUGGAGCGAUGGUGGAGCGAGAAUACCUUCACAAUAGCUCACUGGGCGGCGGUGCUCCUUGUACUCGCUGAGCGAAUUCCAGCUCUCAAAAAGUUGAAAUCGCUACAAGACGGAGCCCAUUACGCUGUUCAUAAACGCCAGCAGGCGCAACGCCUCAAACAUGGUCAGAGCAAGCUGAACAAGGACACAAAGGGCCAAAGGCGCGUUGUGGAAGUCGUCGAUAGGCAAAUCAACCGGUCAAAAGACGACGGAUGGGUCACAUUGGCCUAUAUUGGCAUCUUCGCACUCGCAAUGCACCUGCGCCUCCUCUUUGAUGUGAUCAAGUUCCAACUCAAUCUCUCCAAAACAACUGCGUACCAGAAACUGCUCUGGUAUGCGUUCGGUGUUAGGAAACUUGAGGAUAUGGCUGUCAUGAGCCUUGAAGGAGGCAAGGUCUACCUGAAUGCUCGGUCUGCGCCAGAGGAUGGAGUCGAACUAGCCCGCAUCCCAAUCGCCCCUUAUGAUACUGGUGAUCAUGAGGUCAACUGGGCGUUGGAGAUGGUCUGGGCAAACCUGUUUGCCCCCUUCCUGGUGAACACCAUCCUUUAUUUUUCGAGCGCGCCAAACGAACCGGUUGAAUGGACGGCCAGGCUGGCAGAAGCCGCUCGGAGCUUACCCGAGUAUCCUAUUGGAUCGGCAGCGCGCGACAUUGCAAUCCUUGCAGUGGGUUCCUUCGUGCUUCCAGAACAUGACGAACUGCCAGAGGAGAAGGAAGGGCAGGCAAAGGAAGAUGGUGGCGACACGACCGACCCUCAAGCAAACGGCGACAUCCGUGGUUUACUCCGUACCCUCGAUAUGCAACUCCGCCGGCUUGAUGACGAUAUGAGUCCCCUACCCAUACCCAUCGUGAUCCCUCCAUCCGAUCCUCUUGCAGCUACUGGCCAAAACACGAAGGCAACGUUGGCACAGAUACAAAAAGAUGUCGGCGAUAUCGACUUCAUCCUUGCUGCCGGAAGAGAGGCCGCCAAUUUGGUCAUGCGCCUGGACGACAAGUUCAGUGAAGCUGCCUGGUGCACAAACGACAGCCGACGAGCACCGUGCGCGUCAUACGCAAUGAAAGUGGCUGGACAGUGGAGACUUGUCUUCAAUGUGCCGCUGUUGAACACAGUCGCCUCGUCCAGGAGUCAGCAUCGCUUACUUUGUGAUGUGACGGCAACCAAGAUUUACAUAGCCCAAUGCCUGUUGAAAAAUGUUACCCGCGGACCAGAUGGCUAUCGGCAGGAGGAGCUCGAGGCUAUCCUUCGUCAUCUCCACGAGAAACAUGACAAGUUCUUUCAAGACGUCAGCACGAUUGCCAAAAAUCCCAUCUUUACCUUGCCAUACGCCAAUGACUUCUCCGUUGCACUCUCUGGGUGUGCCAUUGCCGAGGCAUCGUUGCAGGCUUUUGAGGAGCAAAGCAAGGUGCCCAUGAUUUCUAGCCUGGAUCUCGAAACGGCAGAAGAAAUCACUCUCCCCCGAUGCACACAGAGGCUAUCCCUCCUCGUCCGACUCCCCUCAUCGGCAAAUACCCCAGUCGAGGGCGACCGUAUGGAAAUAGAUGAGCAAGGUGUCGCUUCUGGCAGUCAACAAUAUCGACAUGUCGUUCUCCAGACUACCAUUCCUCGAGCCACCCGGGGAAAACUCUACGUCGAUGACGACUUCAUGAUACGCUUUCGCCAGUCUGACGGCAAUGAUCUUGAGAGUUCACCACGAGAGCGAUGGAAAUACUCCUUGUUGGCCUUCUUCGAAGCGACAAAGUGCGGUGCCGGCGAGGCUGAUUUUUGUCGUCUCUGGUUACCGGCACUGCUGAAUGACGGGAACGUCCUGUUCGGCAGUGUGCGGUACCAUUUGCAAACCGCAGCUCUGCACCUUCCAAUUGGGAGCUACUCCUUGUUGCCGGUGUUGUCGUUGGACCCAGAACUCAUCCUCCGAACCGUCGCAAACGAUCCAAUCGCAUCACUUUACUGGGGCCUGAUCCACCCGGUGGACUGGGAAUCAAGCGAGACGAAAAUCCAUGAGCGAACUUUCCGCUUUCCUACUGCAAUCUCGAAGAGCGGUCUCCGUAUCCUACCAAGGACGGGAGUCUCAUUCCCUUUUGUCAAGUGGCAGCACGGCGGCAAAAUUUCCAACUUUACGGGCGCAACCCACUAUACCUUCUUCGUCUGCCCAGACGAGCUGCUGUCAGCAGACGACAAGGAGCCUUUCAAGAUAUUCCUUUUCAAAUGCACGAACAACCGCACCAAGGAAAUGGAGUGCCUUGGAGUAGCCAACGCGGGGCUGAAGACCAAGAAGAGCAAGGAGCAACCAUGGUUUGAUAACUGUGCGCUGAAUAACGAGACACGGCUACCGCUGAGCGAGAACACCAUCGAGCUCAUACAGACGAUCUAUGAACCAGACGGUCUGGGACGCCGUGGCACGGUGAGGAGACAGGGAGGAUACAGGAAGGCGGACAAGGACUACUUGGAUCUAGCAGCAAGCGCUCGAGAACAACUCCAGUGGGCGUUGAGAUCCAACUCCUAA